AAUAAGCAAGGAUGGCACAACAUUUAAGUCAAGAGAAAGGAAAGACAACUGUAGUUAAUAUUAGAAAGUUCAAUCUAAAGAAAAUGGGCUACAAAGACUUGGAGGAUUGGCUGAGGAAUCCUGAACACAUCUAUAUAGGGAGAAACAUGUCGCAUUAUGUGCCCGGGGCAAACGCUAGCAAGUGGGGAAAUCCCUUUAACGCUAAGAAGUAUGGGAGAGAGGAGUGUGUUCGAUUAUACAAAGAAUACAUUGAAACAGACAGAGAAAUUCGUGAAAACGGUAGAACUCUGUACAAUUCGCUGGAAGAGUUGAGGGGCAAAACUCUGGGGUGCUGGUGUCACCCUGAGCGAUGCCAUGGCCACGCUCUCGUGGAAUUGUUGGAGGAAACUUCAAAAUGAUAGAUACAUUUGUCCUCAUUGAAUGAAGAGCGAAGAGAAAAAC